UCAUAUGAUUGUUCAAUGAAGGUGCACGUCUGAUAGGCGUCGUCUUACUUCUUCAAGCCAGUUUUUAGUUUUCUGGCUCUAUAUCGGUUCUUUUACGUGUUAGUGGUGUUAAAUUAUAAUUAUCAGCCAUGGCGCUAAGCGAUGCAGAUGUUCAAAAACAGAUCAAACACAUGAUGGCCUUCAUCGAACAAGAGGCCAAUGAGAAGGCUGAAGAAAUCGAUGCGAAGGCUGAGGAGGAGUUCAAUAUUGAGAAGGGCCGUCUGGUACAGCAGCAACGGCUUAAAAUCAUGGAGUAUUAUGAAAAGAAAGAGAAACAAGUUGAACUCCAGAAAAAGAUUCAAUCUUCGAACAUGCUGAACCAAGCUCGUCUCAAGGUACUCAAAGUACGUGAAGAUCACGUACGUAACGUGCUGGACGAGGCUCGCAAGCGCCUGGCUGAGGUGCCCAAGGACACCAAAUUGUAUUCAGAUCUGCUGGUUACACUCAUUGUACAAGCUCUGUUCCAGUUGGUGGAACCUGCCGUGACAAUCCGCGUGCGACAGGCGGACAAGUCUUUAGUAGAGUCGCUGCUUGGCCGUGCCCAGCAGGACUAUAAGGCAAAGAUCAAGAAGGAUGUCCAGCUCAAAGUGGACUCCGAGGCAUACCUGCCAGCGGACACCUGUGGCGGUGUUGAGCUCAUUGCCGCCAGAGGACGUAUAAAGAUCAGCAACACCUUGGAGUCACGUCUGGACCUGAUAGCCCAGCAGCUCCUGCCCGAAAUACGUACAGCUCUGUUCGGUCGUAAUCCUAACCGUAAAUUCGCCGAUUAAAGCGAUAGCGGUGACUUUAUAUUCACACUUGUUAUUACUAACAAUUAUUUAAAUAAAUCGUAUAAUCUAUAGUUAUAAUAAUAAUAUUAUAAUUAGUGUUUUCCUUUGCCUAAUUAAUUAUAUAUUAUAAUAAUGCGUACAAUUUUAUCGCUGUUUAGAAUGUAUACUACUGAAUGGUCCCGCUAAGUCUCCAGAAAAUGUAUAAUUAAUUAUGUGUGAUCAUGUUUCUGGUUUCUGGUUAAUCAGUGUGAAUAUUAAUGUGUUUUGUCCUACUCUAACUGUACGAUAGUUUCGCCAACUAUAACUUCCAACGUAUUCGCAGAUUAAUGUUUUAUUAUUACAAUUCAUUCGUAUAACACGCUGUUCUAUGUAUUUUAGAGGAUGUAGUUUAUAGGGUUUUGAAACGUUUAAAAUAAGACAAUGUUACCAUUUUAAUAGGUAAUGAAAUAUAUAUUGGAUAAUUGAUACUGUUAAGGGGUAAGACGUACUCCCAGCUUCGGUCGACUUGCAGUAUUGUAACACAAACCACAACGGCACUAUUUAAUGGUUGGUUAAUUUUAUCUGUAUGUAAAAAUGUAUAAUGUACCUUCCUGUUAUAAAUGUUGUUAUUUAAUCUCGUUCGAGCAUCAUGUUAUUCGCUACAAGGAAAUUUUGGUGACCGUAAGAUUCUGAGUUGAUAGCAGCAUCCCAUGCUAUGUUCACUUAAAUCGAUAUGAAGAUUUGACUGGUUGCAGUGUGGUAUUAAGUUAGAAUCUUUCAGUUGUCAAGAUAUUCCUACUUUGUUCCACCUUUUCUGGCAAUUUAACGUUUAGAUUUAUGUUCUCAGGAGCACUAUAGCUCUUAAAUAGGAUAUUAAUAUAAUUCGCAUAUGGCACUGUUCAAAUUCUUAUGUACAUAAAUAUAUAGAUGUGUUGAAAUUGGUCUU